UACCCAGUUUGCGCAUGCGCUCAGAGGUCGCCGGGGUACACAAUGGAGUCGGACGUACAUAGACACGACUGGCUUGGACACUAGAGGAGUCUCGUCGCUUUUGUAAGCGGCAGUUAGAGUAUUAUGAAAUAACCGCAGAGGUUCAAGCCUGCCGGCCAACAGUGGCGGUGACGCCGUCCACAGACGACUUGAUCGGAAAACGAAGGGUGCUGAGUAACUGUCGAGUUCACCUGUAUGUAGUCUUCUUUAGCACUGGCUGCUCUUCUACAUUUUUUCCCAUGUCUUUGUCCGAAAGAGCGGUGAAAUAAACCGUCCGAUAUAACUGCUGAGGAAAAUGUCAGAGGUCAACAUAGCCAAGCGCAAGGACAAGUGCGAGAACUGCACUAAACAGUGCAAUAAGAAGCAAAGCGACGAUGGGGCCAACUCAAACCAGGAAAGCGAAGAAGUCAAUGGGCAGGUGAAUGAAGGCUCCCAGCUUUUGUUGAGCGCAUGUCUGUCCUGUGACGGCUGUCUGUCAGACGAGGACACCUUGAAGAUCUCUCAGCAGGGUCUGGAGGAAGUGGAGCGAGUUCUGGCUCUGAAUAAGAAGUGUGAUGCGUCGAAGCACAAGGUGCUGGUGGCGUCGGUGUGUCCGCAGUCUCUGCCUUUCUUUGCUGUCAAGUUCGGUGUGGACAUCACUGAAGCAGCCCACAAGCUCUGCGGCUUCCUCAAGCACAUCGGCGUGCAAUAUGUGUUUGACACCACUCUGGCAGCUGGCUUCAGCAUCCUAGAGAGUCAAAAGGAGUUUAUUCAGCGAUAUCGCAGGAGGCACCAUGACUCCCACGCACUGCCCAUGUUCACCUCCUCCUGUCCAGGGUGGAUCCGCUAUUCAGAGCGUGUCCUGGGCAGCCUGGUCACUCCUCAUAUCUGCACAGCCAGGUCACCCCAACAGAUCAUGGGGUGUCUGGUCAAAGACUACUUCUCUAAACAGCAGCAGAAGUUGAGUCCAGAGAAACUCUACCAUGUGGUGGUGGCUCCCUGCUUUGAUAAAAAGCUAGAAGCUGUCAGAGAAGAGUUUUACAACAGUAUGCUGGAGACCAGGGAUGUAGACUGUGUACUUACCUCAGGGCAGAUUUAUUACCUGAUGGAGCAGAGGAAGGUGUCGGUGGAGGAGCUGGACUCAGUUCCACUGGACCAAGUGCUGGGAGACGGUGGAGACGUGGCGCUGGUGAGACAUGACGGCAGAGGCUCUGAAGGUUUCCUGGAGCACGUGUUCAAACACGCUGCUAAAGAACUCUUUGGUGUGGAUGUCCAGGAGAUCACAUAUAAGACCCUCAGGAAUCGUGACUUCCAGGAAGUGACACUAGAACGGGAUGGUGAAACACUUCUGCAGUUUGCUGCUGUCUAUGGUUUCAGGAACAUCCAGACUCUGGUUCACCGUAUGAGAAAGGGACGUGUGCCUUAUCAACUGGUGGAGGUGCUGUCCUGCCCCGGAGGGUGCUUGAGCGGCCGUGGUCAGGCUGAGAGUGAGGGAGGUGCUGGUCGGCUGGACAAAGCCUUGGUUAACCAGAUGGAGGAGAUCUACAGCAGCCUUCCAGUCCGGCUCCCAGAAUUCAACCCUGCCCUGCACACCCUCUAUCAGGAGUGGCUAGAGGGUCAGGACUCGUCACAGGCCAGAAAGCUGCUGCACACAGAGUACAGAGAUCAGAGUCACGGCCACGCACAGCCCCCACACAUGCAGUGGUGAGAAGAAAGGGAACGUCUUCCUUUAAAGACAUGAAUGGACAGCUAUUCGAUUGUGCUUCUGCCUGGACCAUCACAUAUUCUAAAAACCUGUGGACCACGCAGAAUGACGGACCAGUGACUGACGUCUCAAUAGAUCAUUCUUCCAUUUAACCACAAGGGGGGGCUGCCUCUUCUGUGCUGAGCCUGAUGAGAUGUGAGGGGCAGAAAAACAAACACUUAGAAAUGAUACAGAGUGAAUCAGUGAAUGCAGUGAGGUGUUCUUAAACUGGCAAAAAAACGGCACGAGGUACAAGAUCACCUGCUGUGCCAGCUGUUCUAAUAAGUGACAUCUGUAGCAAGUGUGAACCGUCAGUCUGUCGAGUCACAGAGCAAUAACCCCUUGAGAAAACAGAAGCUUUUAUCACAACUGGAACUCAUGAACCGAACCUGUGGAUGCUGAAUGUAUAUUUGCUGAGUUUGAAUCUUAGCUGUCCAGUAUGAAUCAUGCAGUUUUCCAUGCUAAAGUCAUCUCCACUGUUCCUAGCUGAAAGACUGCGUGUUCUCUACACAGUGAUAACUAUGCAACAGUGUCUUAUUGAAUCAGUCACAGUAAGUCUGCUGCAUUAUUCUGAUUAUCCGUCCCAGAGGAAGGAGAGUUCUCCUGUUUAAGUCUGCAAGAGGGUUUCAUUUGUAUCACUGCUCCAGUUUCACAAACUAGUAUUUUUAUUAAGUUAUGCAUAUUGUUUUACAAGAUCAAACAUUCAUGUCCUAUGUAAAGCACAAAAAGAAAAACGCUUCUCACAAAUAAGUGACUUGUGUCAUUCUGAUGCUGAUGGUUUUUUGUUUUGGUCGGGGGACCUGGUCAUAACAUAAAGAGACAUCACUCCUGAAACUUUUAAACUUUUCUUUUUUUCUUUUUUUUUUGGUCCUUUGAGAACCAAAAGAUGCUGAUCUUGCCAAACCAGGCUAAUCACCAAAUAAUCUAGAUAGAUAAACAGUACUACAGGUCACAGUAGAAAUGUGUAUAGUCUUAGUGGAAGCAUAGAAGAACUAGAGAACAAGAAGGGACCAAAGUUUGAGCCUUAGUUACACCACAGAUGAGAGGGAGCUCUAAAGAGGAGGCAUCACCGAUGAUUGAUGGCUGAAAAUGUUUAGAUUGUCUGUGUUAUCAUUGAGCGAACAAAUGGAUUAAUCUUUGAAUUUCUUCAAAAGAAAUAUUAAAACUAGCAAUUUAAAGAAAAAGGUUAUGACACUGUUGAAUUAACAUGCAUAUUCACACUUAUUAUUGCUUAUUAUUUAGAGCCAGGUUGUCUCUGAGUCAAAGGGAAAUGCUCACCAACACCUGCCAAGUUGUUCAGUCUGUAGUCACGUCAAAUUAAAAUCAAAAUAUGAGAUUUAUUGUUUUCUUGGAGGGAGAAAAACACAUUUUGUGAACAUGUUUUUGAUUUAUACAAGGAAACAAAUCUGUUUUCACUCAGUCAAAAAGUAUUAUGUGAUAAUAUUAUGUAAUAUCGCGAAAUUCAAAGAAGGAAAGAUAUUAACGUAGUUAAUUAUCACAACAAAAAAACCAAACGUGCCUUUGAUUUUCAAUCCUCCUUGUUUUCAGUCAGCAUCAGUUGCAUAAGUCAGAUGAAUACGAUUUCAUAAAAUGAUCUAAAACACAUGCGUGGCAUGUUUUUAAUGUUCAGAAAGUUUGUAAGAGUUUCAUAUCAGCACCAUGUUUCUCCCGCAGUGCUGGUGUGUGGUUAAAAAAAACAGAGUUUAUAAUCGGUGGUGUUACUGAGUCGUCCCCAGAUGCUCUUAAAGCAACAAGCUCUCUUCCAAGUAAGUGCUUCUUCUUCUUCAUAUUUUAACAAAUGAUAGACAUGCGUGAGGGUAACUGAGACCCGCUGAUCCAAAUUUACAAGAGCAAAAGGUUGAGUCUAAAAAGUGAAAUUGGUUAUUACGUCAAGCUUUUUCCUUUCAGCCAGCUUAUUUAAAUCCUAUUUGAUUUACUUUGAUCUGACUAUUUAGACCAUUAAUGACUCCUGUUGGAUUUUAAUAUGGACUUAUCAGUUAUUCCAUAA